AAUUACAAAAUACAAACACCAACAGUUUAUUAGAAGCGUUUUUUGUGAAUAUUUUAAAUAUUUUCUUUUACUUUCGUCGUAGAAGACCAUCGUAAUGCAUGAAAAAUGUGUUACAGCUAACCAAAUAAAGAAAUUAGGUCAUAAAAUUCAAGAAAUACGAGACCGAGCACUCAUUUCGAUUAUAUCCAAACUAGAAAAUGGAUAUACAUUUGAUAAUGACUUGGCUAGGUCAAGGGAACUUCUCACAAACUUGCUUAAUUGGUUUCUUUUUGAACCAUGCAGUAAUGAGGAGCAUGUUUUAAAUUUAAUUGAAUCCAUUUUUCAAUCUGACGCAGGCCAAUUAUUAAUUACUCACUGCGGAAAGAGGUCUAUUCAAGAAGACCUAAAAAAGAUUCAAACGUAUAUCAAUCCUCAAUAUAUACCUAAGUUAAAAGAAAUUCAAGAUCUCUUAAAGAAUAAUGAAAAACAGUCUAAACCAAUUGUACCACCACUUAAUACUGACAUACCUCUUAGUUAUCGUAGUGAACCAGAAAGUUUCACUUCAAUAGUUGGAACGACGGCAACAACUAUAGAAGGUUUGAUUCAAAAGGGUUCUUCAGUAGCUCAACAGAUUGGAUUUCCACCAGAGUUUUCAACUUAUCGAAUUGAAAAUGGAUCCAACAAUACUCCAGUAUCAGAACAUACAAAAAUUUAUAUGGAUUUAACAUGGCACUCACUAAUUGAAACAGAUAAUAAUGUGUUACAAUCUGUAGGAAACUCUUUAAAAAAUAUACACGAAAUAACUAAGAUAUAUCAGUCCUGUGAAUUUUUUAUUAAUGUUUUAUUACAUGAUUUUCCUGCAGAAAUAUUUAUUCAGAGGCCUGAAAUUAUACUUAUUUUCUAUGAACUUCUUCAGCUAUGUAGAUCUACUCGAAUAACAAAUAUUACUCUUCUUUGCCUAUAUAAUGUAACUACUUCUCUACAAAGAAGAAUCUACUAUUACAAUGACGUUUCUAUUAAAAAUUUAAAGACUGAAAUUUUCCCGAAUUUGACUCUUUCGACUAAUGGCAAUUCGUCAAAUAGGAGUUCAGUUAAAAGUGAUAAAUCAACUGAUAGUAGUGAAAUAUUUGAAGGACCUGAAUACACAGCAGCUUUACAAAAUAAGCAGUAUUCUAUUCCAUAUUUUUGUUUCCAAACAUUAAACACUACACUGAAAUGUUUAAUAUUGAAAAAGGAAAACUACAAGGAACCAAGAUUAAAUUUAAAUCAAACAGGUGUCAAUACGGCUCUAGCAUUAUUGAAUAAGCUUGUAGACCUACUAUGUCAAGCAGUGUAUUGUGAUAAAUUAUGGACUGACCAACCAAACCCAGAGGCCUUAGCAAUUAUCAAAGAGUUAAACAACACACUCUCAAUUUAUGGUGAUGUGUUAGAAUUUUUCAGAGUCGAAUCAAUAUCUUUAGAAGCCAAUUUUAGUUACAAAGUCAUAUACCUAUAUUUGCUAUGCAUAUGUGCAAAGUGGUUAAAGACAUUUGUACCUCUAUCAAAAAGUAAAAUAACUUUGCCCAAAAAUUUUAAAACAUCUAUUACAAACAGUCUCUUAGACGUGAGCUUAGGGAGAUUGUUUCCUAAAGUUCACAAGUGUCUGCUUGAAUUUGUAGAGAGUUUCAGCACGACAGAAAACCAAGGAGAUUUGGAAAAAUACAAAAAAGUAACUGUAAUAUGCAAUGGAUUGGCUGCUACAGUUAAAUUCUUAAAUAAUGCAGAUAACUUGCCACUAUCCGAAUGUAUCAGCUUAGCUGAAGAAGCAUUACCAAGUAUACAGUUUCAUAAAAGCGAGAAGUAUUUAAAAAGGUUUAUUGAUUUUUGUUCUGAAAAACUGUAUGCAUAUAGCAAUAACUAUGAACUAGUGAAGUUAGCACAAGAUGUAAUAGCAAAAUUAUUAGCUCACUGUGACUUCAUUGUUCAGAAACUAGUGUACAAAUUAUGUUGUCAGAAGAUUAUUGAUAAUAUUGGAACUAAAAUAAAUCUUAUAUCAACAGUAGAAGUUGGCGCACAAGCUUAUUUUCUUUUUAGUUCAAAGAUACUAACUGAAAUGGCUGUUUUUGGAUUGAACAAUGACAAUAUAAGUGAAUAUGCAAAGGAUAUAUUGCUCUACAUUCUUAAAUGCAAGAUCAUUGUGUCUGAAAAUGUUUGGUAUAAAUGUUUGGAAGCACUAAUUCCAUCUUUACCGCUAAUUCUGUGUUAUGCAGAAACUCAAUCCACGUUUGGCCAAGUCAUACUUAAUUUAGUAGAUCCAGAUACAGCCAAAAACAUGUCGUUCCCUAAUAUUGUUAUGCUUAGAAGUAAUGUUCAACUACUAUAUGCUAAGGACGCUUAUCUAAGAAAUGAAGCAUUUUCAAGAUUAUGUUGGUUAAUAGCUUGCCAAGAAAAUUCUAGAGAACUUCUUCCAAAGUUUAACACAAUUUAUGACAAAGGAUUUGCUAAUGUGUGCCAAAUUAAGAAAAUAUUAGAUAUUAAUAAAAUUAGAAAGUCUGAACACUUCUAUCAGCCUAGCAGUUUAAGUCAAGUGUUAGACCUCCUUAAAUCUCCAAAUGUAGAACCUGUUAUAAGGAGAUCAGCCUUAAAUCAAGUUAGUGUCAUGGUAGAAGAUCACUUACUGCAUGACAUAUUUCUGGAAUUUAAUGGAACUGAUUUAAUUAUAGAGAUAAUGGAAAACUGCUUAAAGGAAAAGGAUUUUAAAGACUAUCCUGAUUCUAUUAUACCUGUGAUAUCUAUUCUUAAAAGCAUUGCUUUAUUUAAUUCUAACGUGAGAUAUAUUCUUAGUACCAACAUAAAUGUAUUGUUUUAUACCUUAAGAGGUGUCUUUUUAUUUUUUACCGAUGAUAGAGUAAGACAGGAUGCGUCAACAUUGUUAUUUAUUUUAAUUUUUAAUGACUAUAUCAUUGGGACUCCUUCAAGAGGCAAUUUUUCCAUACCUGUAAUAUUUGAAGAGAAGUUAUUUGUGCCGUUUAACUGUAAUGUACACAUGAGAACGAGCCAAAACACUGAGGAAAGUUUGUAUUCUGUUAUAACUGAUGACAAAUGGAGCUUUACUACGAUUCAGGUUCAGUGGAACGCUGAAAUCAACGGAGGUUUUAAAAAUUUAAUUGAAUUAAGUGAAAGCGAUUUGUUGAAUCAAUUAAGUGUCACUGAAGAUAUUUUAAAAUUAAAUAUUUCCGAUUUGGUACAAAUAAAAUCAUCCUUGAUACAGCCAUGCAUUAAAAAGUAUCUUGAUUCCAUCCAGAGUGCCACAUCACACAAUGAUAUAAUAGAUAGUAUAUCUUCCGUAAUAUUGUACAUUAAUUUUUAUAAUAACGUAAGCAAAUUCAAUAACAACAGUAAUCAUGAUCAGAUUCUUUCUCACCCAUGGGAAAAGACUUUCAUUAGAUUUUUAGAAGUACUUCCUUCAAGCGAUGAAGAUAUAGAACUGUUAAAAAGUGUCAUUAAAUUUUUGGCGCUUCUUUUACCUUUCUACAAGGAUCAAAGUUCAUGUUGGAUAUCUGAUAUUGUUAAAAAUCCUAAUAAUUGCUUGCUGAAUUUGAUAACUUAUGAAAAUGUGACAAACGAAGAAAUUAAAAUUCUCAGCCAAGAUCUCCUGCAUCUUAUCACGUUAUGUGUAGUUAGGGAACAGCACUAUUUAGAUCACUAUAACUCAAGCAGUUGUAAGACACGAAAAAAUUGCAGUAACUGGAAUGGUUUGAUAAAAAUCAUCAGCGAGAACUUACUACUCAAUAAUGCACAACACUUUUAUAAUUUAGCAUAUUUGAAUGCCCUCCUAUCUUGUUUAGUACAUUUAACAGCAUCUUUGGGUUGGACUAGCAGCACGCCAGGUUCGACGAUUAAACCACCUUUACCUCAAAUGAUUUCAAGCCUCUGUGAACUAUUAACAGCAUUUCAUUGUGGCAAGGGUCCAACUGCAACAAUAUCAGUCAUGGGCCUCAGUAUAUCCCGAAACGUAUUACUGAUACUAAAUCACAUUUUGUCUGAAAUUCACAGUUCUAAAAUCAAGAGAUGGGAAAAAUGUUUUUUUGGCGAUAUUGUUGAUAUUAAUUUUAUCCGAAGUAUUUUAGCACUGUGGAGUAGUAGAGAUGUAGUCUUGAGGGCUGCAGCUGUACAGUUGUUUAGUAAUUUAUCAGCAUCUCCUAAAGCCGCAGAGGAUAUAUUAAAUGAUUUGAAGUAUGACAACGCUUACAUUUGGACUUUGGCUUUUACUGUACUAAUUGAUCACACAGAAGCACCUGUUGUUAGAGAAAACGCUGCAUUUUUGCUUACUAAUUUGACAAAAAAUAUCUUUGAAAUUUCGGAUAGUAAAGCUCCUGUCCUACUAAUAGUUUCUUCCAGUAAUUUACAAAGGGAGAGUUCCGGUGAAGAAAUAUUAUCAUUAUUUGACGAAAAUGAUUUUUAUAGUCAUCUUGAAAUAAUUUUGACAUCUUUAUUUACUUUAAAUUAUGAUUGCGAAAAGUAUCCUCAACAAAUAAAGUCUUCUAGUUCUGAAAAAUCAAGUUCAAGUAGUAACACAGCAGAUUGUCAAAUAAACAUAACUACGCCAGGCUUCGUUAACGCAGUGUAUAUAUUUCUGUACAACGCAGUAGAAUUAGCACCCAAAGAGAUAUCGUCCAGCUUGCAUGAAAAAGGAUUAAUCAAAUUGAUUUUUCGCACGAUAUGUAAUCCACUAAUGACUGUCGAAACCACUAGAAAACUAGCGUUGUAUUGUAAUAUUUUGGAAAUGAACCAAAGUGUGUGUAGUCUAUUACGAAAAAUUUGCAGUUUAAAUCCCUCGUGUAUUGGGACAAUUCUUUAUACGAGAGAUUGUCUUUUUGUAAUGUUUGGCCUUUUAAAUACUAACAUAUAUCAAACUAAUCUACCAGAAUUACUUUACUUAAGGAACAAACUAUGGAGUGAAAUUUUUAAUUUAUGUGUUGAACUCUUGGAGACACUUAAUGAGGAAAAUACUCAUAUUAGCUCUAAAAGUAUAGAAGGAUUAAAUCUGAUACUGGAAACUCUAUCUUCUGUUGGCAUUGAACAGUUCUUAGAUAGCUUAUGUGAAUCACUAAGUUCGUUAGGAUCAAUUGAAUUACAACAUUCCGCCUUGAAGUGUCUCGCUUCUAUGUUACGACUAGAAAGUUACAACUCGCAUGGAAAUCUCCAUAAAAUCACGAGGGACUAUUCUUUAGAAGUGCUAUUAGAUACUGUAAAUACCCCUAGAAGUGUUUACAUGUCCUCCAUUAGAGAAAACUUAGAAAAUUUGGAACCUAAAGAAAAACCUGCAAGUUUAACAAAAACUGGAUUGAAAAAUGUCAUCAAAUAUAAGAAUAACUUAUUGGAGGAGGCAUAUUUUGAGAAAAUAAUUCAAAACACAAAUACAAAUGUAGAAGAUGUGGAAGUAAGCUUUGUAGAUAAUACAAGUAAUACAAGCAUAGCUGGAUCUGAACUUUGUAAAAUACUAUUAUACUUAUAUGAUAUAGCCAGUGUAAAAGUGGAAAGAGGUCAGCACACUAUGGCCAAAAAGUCUAUAAUAAUAUCUGCUUUAACAAGCUUACUAUAUAUUUCGAAUGAAGCAAAAGCAUUUGCUUUAAAAAAAGGACUAAUGGAAGUUGCAGUAAAAGAAUUAAGAGACCAUCACAUAAAACUUAGUUUAGAAUCAGUAGAAAGUCUCAGAAAAAUUCAGGAUAAGAAAAGAAUAUGCCCAAUACUUGAUAAUGUGCAUGAUUGGUUUGGUUUAUUGACAAAUUUUAUGUUGAAUGACCAGAAGGUCAAAUUAACAGCAGUAGACUGCAAUUUGGCUGACAUUAUUCAUAAACUGUGGAUAUGGUUUAUGAUACAAAACACUUAUAUUGUUGAUGCUCUACAAUUAAUUUUUGUGUACACAUCUGAUUGCAUGGAGGCGUGUCACUCUCUUCCACUGACUAGUGCUGUAGCUGGGUCAGGUCCAAGAAAAACUCCUAGCAAUGUUUCAUUGCUGCAUGCUGUUAUAGCAGUAGUAGUUAAAGAAAUGGGACAAAUUAGCAGAAGUCACAAUUUGUGUUCAUUGGAAUUAGCUUUUGAAAUUCUACAAAACUGUAGUGACUUACUUGAAUGCAGAGUUCUAAUUGCGAAGAGUAAUAUAUUUCAAGCUGCUAUAAAAUUACAUCCAUCAGUGACUAGAAGACAAUAUCCAUGGGAUAGUGUGGAGCAGUUCUGGUUAAAUUUUCUUCAUAUUUACACGAAAUAUCCUGAAGGUCAAGCUGCAGUUGCGAAGGCUAAUGAUGUUUUAGAAUUGAUUAUCUCUCUGACAUCUGGUACUAAAAUUGCCAACAGAGAAACCGCGCUGCUUGUACUUAGAAAUUUAGCUUUUUAUCAACCCAACAGACCUAGGUUAUUAUCAUCAGGAGACUUCAUAAAUGUUUUACAGGUUAAGCUAACUCAUGGUACUGUUGAGGAAAAGAAAACAGUAAUAUUAAUAAUGUGGUCUAUGGCUGCUAACAAUCAAAAAGCUAAAUUAAUAUUUAAUGCUUCAAAAUUAGAUGUUAAACUAGAAAAUAUACUAAAACAUAUGGAAUUGUUAGAAGACUCUGAUAGUUCAUUGGAAGUUGAAAGCUUAAGUAUGAUACAUACUGUCCUAGGCAUUAUAAGGGGUAGCGAUAAGAAUAGAUAACAAUUAAUGGAGGUAUUGGACUAGCUUGUAAGAUCUUAAGUACAAUUAUAUUUUAAUUAUUUAUUUUUAUACCAUUUUUUAAUAAACAGUUAAAAAAAGUUUUUAAAGUUUCUCUGAAAUUAUUGCAGUUCAAUAAAAAGCUUUAGUAAUU